AGUCGUUAAGUACUCAUACUUAUACACCCUGUUUGUCUGAUAUUUGCAUAAGAAAUAUAAAGUCCACAAGCCCUAUAGAUGUGCCAGACAGAGCUAUCUAUAUAAGCCAUCUUUGUAAGGAUGCACAGUUUUUGAAUGUGCUGUGACACAUGUGAGAGGAGAGUGUGUGUGUUUGGUGUGCUUGAGCUGAGCAUGAAUAAUGGCCUGUGUCAUGCCCAUGAGGAAGGACAGAGAGAGAGGAAGAAGAGAGAGGAGCUGGGAUGCCAGAGGCAUCUAUCAGAAGCUUCAGGGUUUCAUUUUCUGCCUUAGUGAUAAGAGCAAGGAUGCGGAGGGUGGAGACUAGCAAGUGAACAGAGACAAAAGGCGAAUAGAGACGGAGUGUGAGAAAGAGGCUGAUCAUGCAGAAAAUGUUGUCAUCGACUCAUGACUAGAAAGCCUGCGCUGAUAUUCAAUACCAUCUCUGGACCCAGAACAAGGGAGAGAGAGAUGAAAACAGGGGGGAGGAGAGAGAAAGACUGCUAUCACAUGAGAAGGGGAGGAGAGUAAUGGCAAGGUGAAGGGAGGGAGCAGGAGGACUAACGACACUGAAUGCGCUGAUAGGGGCGCCACAGGCAAGGAGGCAGUAAAAAGCGGGGAGUGGAAGGAAGAAAGCAGCACAACAGCCUGAAUAGAGUGGUGCCUUGAAAAGAGUGGAACAACAAGGAGGGCAAGGGAAGACAUCUGACAGAGAAGGAGGAAAACAUCAGGAAAAACAGGAAACUGGAAAGCAAAUAGACAGAAAAGCAAAAAAGGACAGAGGUGAAGAGACUAUCUUGGAGUCAGUGAGGUCAGAAGGUUGAGCACCUGACAGAUAAAAGUGCUUUUCCUGCUGAGAGCUGUAAGUUAAGUGCAUUGUGAGUCUUUGCGCAUGUUUGCGUGCUUGUACCUGAAGACGCCGAUGAAGACAGGACACCUGUUAUUCUGAGAGCUUUAAGUUUGCGUGCAUUUGUCUGUCUCUGCAGCAUUUUGCCUACCUAACACCGUGUUUGACCUUCCUUAGUCAGCAAGCAGAGUGACUGCAGAGAGAAAAAGAGCGAGAAAGAAGAGGUGGAGGGAGGAAGCAUCUCCAGAAAAACACACAGAAAGAGAGAUAGCAUUAAAGUGGAGUAGCAGCCAAGGGAGUUGUUGCUUUGUGAUUAGUGUGCUUAUGCAGUCUGCACUGUCCUCGCAAUGUAAGACCUGCUCUCCUCUGCCCGGGGCUCCUCUGGUGCUACAGCGGACUGGAUUUUUCUCACACAGAAAGCUUGGAUCUAUAAUUAUCUACAGUUUCUAACAUCUGGGUGGUACCCAGACCAGUUGACUGAAAACUGAACUGAAAUGACCUCAGCCUUUUAAAAAGGCCAGGAAUGUUUUUUAGUAUUCUAUUUUUCUUUUCUCAGACUUUUAAACAUUAGUGCUUCCAACCCUCUACAUCAAUGGAUAUGUCAGACAACCCUCAAGGCUGCUCUGCUCGUGCUCCCAGAGUGGGAGACCCAAAGGUGGGGGAGGCUAGAAUGGGUGAGGGGAUGAGAAUGGGGGACAGAGACACCCCGCUCAGGCUGUCACCUUUUCGUAUGCUUCGAAUGCUGGACUCAUGCCGUCCUCCGGGAAACAGGAUUGGCAUUGUUCAUGAAAAUGUGAAGAUGGGUUCAGAUGGGGAAAGUGAUCAAGCUUCUGGGACAUCUUCUGAUGAGGUCCAGAGUCCAGUGAGAGUCCGUAUGAGGAACAAUCACCAUCGGCGCAUCUCUAAUGAGGACAUAAACAAGCGUCUGUCUCUGCCAGCUGAUAUCAGGCUCCCGGAGGGCUACUUGGAGAAGUUUGCUAUGAACAGCCCACCCUUUGACAAACCCAUGAGCCGCAGGCUACGACGCGCAUCUCUGUCUGAGAUUGGCUUUGGGAAACUUGAGACGUACAUCAAACUGGACAAACUUGGCGAGGGCACCUAUGCUACGGUGUUUAAAGGCCGAAGCAAGUUAACGGAUAAUUUAGUAGCUUUGAAAGAGAUCCGCCUGGAGCACGAGGAGGGUGCGCCCUGCACAGCCAUCCGAGAAGUGUCUCUCCUAAAAGACUUGAAACACGCCAAUAUUGUCACACUCCAUGACAUCAUCCACACUGAUAAGUGCCUGACUCUUGUGUUUGAGUACCUGGAAAAAGACCUCAAACAGUACAUGGAUGACUGUGGGAGCAUUAUGAGUGUUCACAAUGUCAAGAUUUUCUUAUUCCAGCUCUUAAGAGGUCUGGCAUACUGCCACAGAAGGAAGGUCCUCCAUAGAGACCUUAAGCCCCAGAACUUGCUCAUCAAUGACAAAGGAGAGCUCAAACUAGCUGACUUUGGCUUAGCUCGUGCCAAGUCUGUCCCUACGAAGACCUACUCAAACGAAGUUGUGACAUUAUGGUAUCGACCUCCAGAUGUGCUGCUGGGCUCCACUGAGUACUCCACACCCAUCGACAUGUGGGGUGUGGGCUGUAUCUUUUAUGAAAUGAUCACAGGCAGACCUCUCUUCCCUGGGUCGACUGUGGAGGACGAGCUUCACCUCAUAUUCCGAAUCCUCGGUACUCCUACAGAAGAGACUUGGCCUGGUAUCACCACAAGUGAAGAGUUUAAGACUUAUAAUUUCCCCCACUACCACGCAGAGCCUCUUGUCAAUCACGCACCAAGAAUAGACAAUGAUGGUCAUGACUUGCUCUCAGUGCUCUUACAGUUUGAAGCAAAGAAACGUGUUUCGGCUGAGGAUGCUCUCAGACACUCAUAUUUCAGGAGUCUAGGGGAGCAGGUUCAAACGUUGGCUGACACUGCAUCCAUUUUCUCUGUAAAAGGCAUUCAACUCCAGAAAGAUCCAGGGAAGAGAUCAUCAGUUCAUCCAGAGUCAACGAUGGCACAUAGGCUAGGCUCCGCACCCUCGCAGUACUUCCAGAGAGAAGCAGCCAGUCCCAGGGCUCAGAGUCAAAAUCUCUCCUCUACUUCCACUGGCUGAGUGGCCUCUACCAUUCUGCCCAGGGGAAGAGCAGGAGGCAGAGUGUGUUGUUUUAGUGCUGGCGGGGGCGACAACAUGAGGACGAAAGCGAGACGUGGAACUGUCUUGUCAGACAUACAUUCACUGACCCUGCCACACAAAAAAGACUGAAGGAGUGACGCACACCCUGCCACAUAAAGACACACUCAUAGUGCUGAUUAAAAAUAAAAGACACACAUUCACUCACUCAUAACAGGAAAACUAACAAAACCACACAAAACCAAGGCUGAAGAUUUCCAACUUUAAAAUAAAGACUCAGCUUAACUCUAAAGAUGAAAAUGA